AAUAUAAUGUUUCCCGCCAGUUUAGUUUCUCACUUCCCGCGAAAACUAUUCUUGUACAAGUUCCUCCCGCAGCUAAUUUUCAGCAAAUCAAUGUGCGAACCGCCAUCAAAGAUAGCAAGAAUCAUGCCUGAAAUGACCGAAAAUGGUGUAGCAACAAAUGGAUGCCAUGUUGACCAGAAAAUGAACGGGAAUGGUCUAACCACGGAGGAUAUUUCUCCUAGUUCGGGAAAACAAAAUAGCACUUUGAAAGAUGGGGCACCAACUUCCGAGCAAGAAAGUUGCCCUUCUGAUGAAAUGAAGAAAACUGCGAAUGGAAGUAACAACAGCAAUGGCAUUGAAAGUCAUCUGCCUGAGCAAAAUGGCCGCCACGAAGGAAAUGACAGUGUGCUUAUGAUCAAGAUGUUAUCUGAUGAAGCAGUUUUACCUACUAGAGGGUCUUUCAAUGCUGCAGGGUAUGAUCUUUACAGUGCAGUUGAUUGUUUAAUCCCGGCAAAAGACAAAGCUCUCGUGUCAACAAAAAUUGCAAUAACAGUUCCUUACGGCUCUUAUGGAAGAAUCGCUCCAAGGUCAGGGCUGGCUGUUAAGCAUUUUAUUGAUGUCGGAGCUGGCGUUAUUGAUCGAGACUACACUGGGGAAGUUGGUGUUUUAUUGUUCAACUUUUCCGAUAAAGCAUACCAAGUCAGCAAAAAGGAACGCAUUGCACAACUGGUUAUAGAGAAGAUAUUCACCCCUGAGUUGAAGGUUGUUGAUGAAUUACCAAAAUCUGACAGGGGUGGAACCGGUUAUGGUGCCUCUGGAAAGUUCUAAAAACCUUUCAGACUCGUCUUUUAGAUAAUCUUGUUUAAAAUGAAAAAAAAAAUUUAUACUUUUUUUUGUAUGUCAGCCAAUCGUAUCAAUAUAAGGCAAUUGGUAAAUUAUCAAUUUGACUUAUGCUAUCUUUAGAGUAUGACAUAUAAAAAGCAAUUUGACUUUGCAACCCCCACAGAAUACAUUUAAGGGUGCUCAGAAAUGGUUCUACGAUAAAAUAAUGCCCCCAGUUUUAUCCCCCGCUCCUGCAUUUCACAUCACAGAUUUGAUCAGCACUGCUAGUUGAAUAAUCAGAUUUGAAAAACCACAAUUGUCUUAAACUUAAGUAUUGUCAAUUCAAGUAACUGCAAAAAUAAGUGUUUAAGCUUUCUCAAAUUUAAGGGACCGUUGAAGUGGGGAAUAAAAGUUUUCAAACCUUUACAUAAACAAUACAAAGAGGUCUGCUAUUGCCCUUUGCAUGUUUAGCCCCCCAAUAAACAAACUUUUACCCCCCCCCCAAUCCAUAAAAUGCCCCAUGGUCCCUGCAUACUUUUGUACAGUUUUCUAGUUUUGUGGAAGUUUUGAAAGCUCUUAAAGUUUUUCGCUAGCUUUCCAACACUUUGUUAAAGUUUUGUUGUUUCCUAAGUAUUUGUAAAUUUUGUAAAGUUUUGUACUUUCUAUUUGCCAGAAGCAUUUUAUCAGAACUUAAAAUUGUUUA